AUGAGCGCCUCAGCACCACCGGUGCACGUGCUGGAAGCGAUCCACGCGUUUGUGGCCAAGCUGGGCAUCCGCGAGCCACGAUUGACCGUGUCGAGUGGAUCGCGCAAUGGGGACAGCUACUCCGGGGACGUUUAUCGGAUUGUGGUCGCGCCUAGCAACCGCGACAUCGAGGACUUUGAGAACAACAACAACACCGGCGCGUUCAACGAACUCCCGAAGCCGAUCAGCGUAAUCGCAAAGGUGGCACCAACCACGAGCCUGCGCCGGUCACUCUACAACAGCUCGGCACACUUCCAGCGCGAAAAGUACGUGUUCGACGUCGUGAUGCCAACGUUCGAGCGGUUCCAGCAGGCACGUGGCCUACGGCCAGCUAAAACCUUCGCGCACUACCCCAGCGUGAUCGCGUCCGAGUGCUGCGAGGGCUUCGAGUACAUCCUGCAGCGUGACCUGGUGGCCCAGGGCUACCGGAACUUCCCACGCACCGAACCACUCGCGUACGAGGACGUCCAGCUCGUCCUGACACAUUUGGCCCAGUUUCACGCGAUCUCGUUCGCGAUGCAACAGCAGGCACCCGGUGCGUACGCGCAGAUCGUAGGUCAGCUGCGUGAGACGAUCUUUGCGCCCCCAUUGCACCGAUCCUUCGUCGAUUUCCUGCAGCGUAAGGUGGACUACGCCGUCGAGACGUUGCAGCGCAAUCCGGCCCCCGGGGACAGUGCCGUCGCUGAACGGUUGUGCCGGUUCCGGGACGAAUACGGGCAGGCGAUGGUCGAUUGUGUGCAGAACCGUGAUGACACCGUCAUCUGCCACGGGGACUGCUGGAUCAGCAACAUCCUGUACCGGCCGGGUCGGGGAUCCACUGGCAAGGAGCUAAAGUUCCUCGACUGGCAGGUGGCCCGUUGUGCUACGCCCGCUAUCGACCUGUCCUAUUUCAUCUUCUGCUGUACCGACAGUGAGCUUCGCGAACGAUUGCCUGAGCUUUUGCGCAAAUACCACAGUGUGUUAGUGAGACGUAUCGACGAACUUGGGACGGUAAACGGGCGCGAUCUAUUCCCGUUCGAGCGACUCCAGAUGCACAUGAAGAAGUACGCCCGGUUCGGUUUCGGGAUGGCACUGAUGACGCUUCAUUCGACGUGCUGCGUGGAAAAGGACCUGCCCAACGUGUCGGCGGCCCUCGAAACGACGGAACUGGUCGAUAUCGAUGAGCUCGCGAAGGACAUGCUGUACAAUCCGGCCUACAUUAAGCGCAUGUCCGGCGUGUGCCGUGACAUGGUGCGGCUCGGGUACCUGUAGAAGGGUGGGUUCGUGGCCACCACCGGUUCCAACUGCCGCCCCACCACCCUCUCCCUUCGGCUAGGGGUUAGUUAAGGUAGUACUUAAGGUAGCGUUAGCCCCCGCGACGUGUUUAUUCCCUAUGCAGUAUUCUAGCGAUCGCACACCCGAACGAACGGCGCACGGUCAGUAUUGGAGAGAUUGGUAUUUUUUUUUGUUAGUAUCGGCCUCGGAAUGGCACACAGAAUGAAGAGAAGCAGAAGCUAAGCUAAGUUACCAUGUAGGUUGGGGUAGGCUGCCGGGCGGGCGCUGAACUAAACUGAACAUUACGAAUCGUAAUUGAAAUUAUUUCACGAUCAUCACAUUUUAGUGAUUGGCAAACGAAUGAUAUUAGCCGCGGCCGGCUGGGAGGGGCAGAGGGGAGGUUCGUUUGCUCCUCUGCGGGCUUUGUUUGUUUGUUUGAACGUUUGUUUUGGUGCAUCUACACGCGAGUUUGCUCAAUUCGCGCGGGUUGACCGGAGAGCACCAUAGAGCACAGCAUCCGACGGCGCGCAACAGACCGCGGCCACAUUCAAAAUUCCAAAAAUCGCAUUUUGCACCCAUCGUCUGACGUUCCUUCAAGUAUAGCUUUACCGAUCCGGUUGUUUUUUAUAUUUAUUCGCAACACGACGAGAAGACGAGGCAAAAUAUAACAAGAACGAGCACCACUCAGGUAGUUUGUAGAGGUAGGACGUUAGGUUUGGGCUACUUAGAUACGGUUCGCACGUGGCGGACCUCGGUUUUUCGGCGCGCCAUCAAGCAGCCGCAUUAUCUGUAAUGUUACGGUAGCAAUAAACACUACUC